AUGAGAUUUUUAACGAAUACCCUCAUCACUUUCCUGGUCAUAGGACUUUCCGGGGCUACUAGUGCUGAUCUUGGAUUCUGUUAUAACCGAGCAGACCCUGAUCGUGGCAUCGGCAAUUUCUGUCAGUGUGAAGGAAAUGGUGAAUGCUACUACAGGGGCGCGAAUAACUCAUGCGACCCCGUUGGGGAUGCUCUUCCUAAUGGCUGUCCAUGA